AUGAAGCUGCCGCCACAUCGACCGGGUGUGGAUCAUGAAGUCAACCUGCAGCCUGACAAGAACGGCAACGAGCCACCCCUUCCAGGAUUCAUCCGAGCGAGUAGCUCAGCGGCUGCCGCGCCGGUGCUGUUCCGCGACCGAUACCCACUGCCCUCAUCGCGGAGACCCUGCAGAAUCUGGCCAAGGCUAAGUGGUUCACCAAGAAAGACUGCAUUUCGCACGAGGUUUGGGCUCUACGAGUGGCUCGUGUGCCCUUUCGGCCUGAGCGGCGCCCCGGCAUCAUUCCAACGAUACAUGAACAGUGUAUUGCGCGAAUGGCUGGACGACUUUGUCACAGCGUACCUGGAUGAUGUACUGAUCUACUCGAGCGGUUCGAAGGCGGAUCAUGAGGCUAAGAAGCUUUCUGGCUUCGCCAACUAUUACCGGAUCUUCAUCCCCGACUAUGCCAAGAUCACGCAGUCUCUGGAUGCCCUGCUUAAGAAAGGAACUGCCUUUCAUUGGGGACGAGCGGAGAACGAGGCGUUUCAGGAGCUGAAGCGACGAUUUUGCGAGUCACCGGUGCUCAAGCAGUGGGACCCGAGCCUCCCGACCUUUUUGGAGACGGAUUGCUCAGGCUACGCAUUGGGAGGCGUCCUGUCGCAGGAAGGCCCAGAUGGACGUCGACACGCAUGCGCCUUCUUCUCGAAGCGACUUUCGCCAGCGGAGUACAACUAUCCCAUUCACGACAAGGAGAUGCUUGCCAUCAUGAGAUGUCUCGACAACUGGAACGCCGAACUUAGGAGCUGCGGCCCAUUUACAAUCCUUACCGAUCACCGCAACCUGGAGUAUUUCAUGACACGCCAGAAGCUCACGGAACGGCAGAGCCGUUGGGCAGCCGAAUUGUCCCAGUUCGACUUCAAGCUCGAGUAUCGACCGGGAAGCGAGGCUGUCGUGCCUGAUGCGUUGUCCCGCCGUGAACAAGACAAGCCACAGGGCAUUGACGACGAGCGGGAACAAGGAAGAAUGAUACAGUUGAUACCGGAUAGUGCCAUUCCAUCAUCGACAAGAGCAUGUAUCAACGCGAUGAGUUCUGACUGUUCAGAGGCAUCCACCCUGCCGAAGAUGAAGGUCUUCGAGGUAGCGGACCUGCAGCAACUCUGGGACGAAACGGUGGCGAAGGACUCGAUAUUCCGGGCAGCCUAUAAGGCAGUCCGCGAUCGCGAGCGUGCCUUCCCGCCCUCGCUGGGCCUGAAGAUCCAGAUUUCAGAAUGUGCGAUCGACGCAGGCAAAAGGCUGACAUUCAGAGACCGUAUUUGGUCGCAUGACUCUGUUGCGACCGGUCAUCCCGGCAGGGAAGGUACGCUGGCUAUUGUGGCUCGGCGAUUCUACUGGCCUGGGCAGUCCCAGCUGGUUCGCCGUCGAAAGGGAUUUCUCAAGCCUCUGCCGAUUCCAGAUCGACCCCGAAGCCAUUUGUCCAUGGACUUCAUCACAGAUCUGCCGCCUACUGGACCGAGCAAGGCAAGGUACCUGUGGGUGAUUGUGGACAGACUGACAAAGGCUGUGACCCUCGAGUGUCAUUACCGAUUUCACGGAAUGCCACGGUCCAUCGUCAGCGACCGCGGAGCAACUGGCUAA